CAGUAGUUCGACGAACGGCGCUCCGGUAGUUACCUGUGACCGUGUUCGGACUGUAGUCGUCAGUCGAGAGCCGGAGUUGGGUCUGAUCGGACCCAUAGCAUUCUGACAAGGACUUCUUGAACGGAAAAAUAGAGAUACUUUCACCGAGAUGCUGAGGGAAACGAUUCUCGUUUUCGCGGCGCUCGUCGUGCUCGCCAGUACUACGGUAGUUAAUCAGUGUGGUUCUGAAACUCCGUUCGAGGAUGCUACGCAGAUCAGCGUAUCCGGUUGCGACGUACCCGAAUGUCAGUUGAAACAGGGAACAAAAGCUACGAUAGAGAUCAAACUCCUGCCUAACAGAGAAAUUAAGAGUGUGACUAAUGCAGUGAGCGCACUUCUUUUUAACGUGCCCUUGCCCUUCGUGGGAGUCGACGGAACGGAUGCCUGCGAGAACAUUUACAAUGUCGAUGGCAGCAAAAACGGUUGUCCCUUGAAGCCAGGCACGGAAUAUAUUUACAGAAACAGUUUCCCUAUUCUGUCCUUAUAUCCCAGGGUUUCACUGGUUGUACAUUAUGCAUUACGAGAAGGAAAUAAUGAACUUAUUUGCUUUGAAGUUCCAUCGAAGAUUACAAAAUGAACUGUUUCGCGUCGCUGAUGUCAGCAUACUACAAUUAAAAGUCACAGUAUGUGUAGUCGGUGUAGUUCUGAGCUUACAUAAUUUAAUUGGCCGAUUAUGUGGUAUUGCAUGCAAAUAAUCCUUCCAAUACAAAGUAUGCCAUAUUACGAUAUGUGUAUAUAAAAUAUUUUUAAUAAAUUUUCUAUUUUUAAUCAA